UAUAACAAUUCACACGGUGAAGUUUGAAAGUGAUAACAAAAUGAACAGUUGCACCGCAAAAUCGUUUAUGAUCUUUUCCAGCCUGCUGGUGAUGUGCAAUUGUGUUUUAAUAUGGUUUCUAUACGCAAUUCAAUUAAACGCCUCUCAGCUAAUGACUUUUGUUUUCAUGUCUAAGACUUUAACGGUUUUCAAAUUAUGUAGGUGUUUUUAAAAGUAAAUUUUUUUCAACGUUCUUUCGUUCGUUCUUAUUGUUUAUUGUCAAUAAUAUUGAUUAACUAUUUUCUGUCUAAAAUUAUACGGUUGGCUUUCUAUAAGUUUUAUUUAUUUUUUAAAAAUAUCUUUGAUUUUCUCACAUCUCUAUUACACACAAACCGUGACUUUUAUUCGUGUUAUCGUGAUUGGGCCGGUUCGUUUUAUUUUCGAUAUUAUCGAAAUUUUGUGAAAUAUCUGCCGAAGAGAAAGGAUAUGGACAAUAAGUCAGCCGUUUCCUGUCUACAGGAAUUCUGUGCAAAAUCCAAGAACGUUCCACCAACAUACGAUUUCAUUGAUGGCGAAGACGGAGGAUAUGUUUGUAAAGUAGUUCUGAUGGAGAUCGAAGCCUAUGGAAAUGGUCGUUCCAAGCGCGAUGCCAAGCAUUUGGCUGCUGCCAACAUCCUGCGUAAAAUCCGGAAGCUUCCCGGCGUGAGUGGCUUGCUGGAGGAGUGCGAAACCAGUGCGGUGGCCGAUCUGUGCGAGGAGCUGACCAAUCUGAAUCGAGACAUGCUGAAGGAGCUGCGCGAUUACUGCGUGCGCCACGACAUGCCACUGCCCACCAUUGAGAUUGUGCAGCAGAGUGGCACUCCGAAUGCCCCGGAGUUCGUUGCCCGCUGCUCCGUGGCCUCCAUAGUUCGCUAUGGGAAGUCGGAUAAGAAAAAGGAUGCCCGUCAGCGAGCGGCCAUCGAAAUGCUGGCCGUGAUCUCCAACGAAGCGGAGAACUUGCGUCCGGAUAAAAUGCAGGUGGUGAGCACUAAGCCGGCGGCAGGUGGUCCCGAAGUGGACGAUACUCUCGAGGAUCUGGAGGCGGAGCGCCGGAAGAAGUUCAACACGUAUAGGGAGCUCACAGACGCCGGAAGCGUCGACAACACGGGUUUGCGCCUCUGCGAUCGCCAUAACUACUUCAAGAACUUCUAUCCAGCACUCAAGCAAGCUGCCUUUGAGGUCAUCGGCUCAGAUGAGUACGUCAGCUCCAAGGACAAGGCGCUGAGCCUUCUCAGCUCCUUGAAGAUCACACCCUCCAUUAGUACCUUGGAAUCGACAUCAAUGGAGCCCCUGCUGAGUGUCGAACUGAAUUGUGAUUUCGACGUCGUGUUUGUGGCUCUGGAGAGCCAGGUCUACGACCAGAUAAUACAAUACUUCGGCACAAUGCUGAUCUAAUCCUUAUAUAACUUUCAAUAAACAUAUGUAUAUAACAUUUAUUUUUAACUAGGUCGGCUUACAAAUAAGUAAACUGUCUCGUAUUUACACUCUAAACAAGUUCAGAUAAUGCACAUAUUUGUUUGUAACUUACAAUCUAUUUGGGUAAUACAAUCUCCCAAUCAAUUUA